AUUCUUUCUCUCCGAAAAAAGGACCAACUUGCUCGUAGGAUUUUGGGUGGUUUUUUUUCGUCACCUUGUUCUGCAAAAGUUCCUCUUUUCUCCACUUACUCUUCCAUCCUCUUUUCCCCUUCAAUUAAAAUCGUUUUUAACCUAAUUUUCUACAGUCGACCUCAGCAAUGGAGGUUGAACUGGAAGUUGUUGGCCGUCAUGCGAUGUUCUUCGACGAUGACGCCACCGCCGCCUUCGUAAACUCCAAAGAUGCCCUAAUUGAAUGGAAUUCUCUCUUCAUCGACCGUUUUGAUGUUCGUAAUCUUCUCUCAAAUCCUCCUUCUUCUUUUCGCAAGCUUUCCAGUCAUGGAGGAUCUCUUCCUGAUUCUCAUCUUGAAUCUGAGCUUGACCUUGAACGUUAUGCAGAUCUUCCACCUUCCAAUGAACCAGGUUUGUGUAUUUUUCUUUUGUUUUUUUUAUGAUUUUUCACCUAAAUCUGUUUUUCUCAAUAAUUUGUUUCUUUUUUCUCGAAUCAUGUAAUUGAAGUGAUUGUUAUGAUAUUAUUAUUAUUUAAUUUAUUGUAUGAACAUUUAGCUGAUUUUAUGAUGUAGAGCUAUAAUUUUUGGAGAUAAAAUUCAGGUUAUUUUAGUUUCUAGAAUUUCAAAAUGCUUCGUUAUAUAUAGAGCUCCACAUUCGGAAGUUGGGAUGGGUCUUGGAGUAUGAUGUUUCGGUUUGGUUCAACUUAGGGCUUAUCUGUACGUAGAUAUUUGGAAAAAUUGAUACUCCCUGUUAGGCGCAAAAAGAAAAAUGGUGAUAUAAAAAAGAAGUGGAUAUUAGUAAUAAAUGAAUAUAGUAUGAAAUGUGCAGAUGAAAUCAAAAGAGAGUUAAAAUGUAUGGAUAUGAAUAAAAGAAAGUAAUGGGUCUAAAAUAUAUGGAUGUCAAUGAAACAAAAGUAAUGGAUGAUUGUCUAAAAAUUGAAAUGAUGUGAUGCAAAAUGGGUUAGACGGACCUAAGAUGACAAUUGAUGCAAAGUGAGUGGGAAGGAGGGAGUAUUAAUAAUCCGACCAUACACACAUAUGUUGGAAAUAAUUUUACCUCAUCUCACCUUUGCAUGGGUUUGCUCUCUGCAUACCCUUAAUACUUUACCUGCUAUAUUUUCCCAAAAAAAAAAAAAGAAAUAAAAGAAUUUUUUUAAGAUGAGGAAAAACCCACCCCAAAUCCACCUUAGUCAAAGACCACCAUAGUCCCAGUGUAGCCUAACCCUUCACGCUUGCCAAACCCUUCACCAACGCCACCCUCGCGACGCCCACCAGAGCGUUGCCAUCCAACCACCGCUACCCAGCCAUAAAAAUGCUUAUAUGUUACUAUAGGAUUGAUUGGAGCUUUCAAAAUCAUUUGUUUGUGGAGAGAUUAUUGAUGUAAAAGGAAUUGCACUAACUUUUGAAACCAUCACAAUAAACGUGGCAUAUGUACUACCACCACCAAUUCCACCUUUUUUUCUAUCUCUUCAAAACUCUAUUUUAGCCGAAGGAAAAUCACUAAAAAAAUUCUUAAUGAGAUUCAAUUUAUUUACAUUUGUAAAAUCCUCUUCUACAAUUGAAACUUAUAUUUGUAAUUGCAAAAAUGGAUAAUAAAGCCAUAAACAAAUUGAGUUAUUCUUUAUUGAUAGAUCUUCAUUUUGAGAUUACCCAAAAUUAGUUUUUUUUUUGAUCUUUUGUUUCUGGGUUUACUUACCAACAUCAACUGCGGGUUGUGAAGAGGAGAUAGAUAGUACAGCGAAAGUGAUUGUGAUAGUGGUGGAUAUGCCAUAGUCGUGGUGGUACUUCUUUAAGGUGAAGUUGUGUAGAGGCUAGAGAAAGUAAGGUGGGCUUGGUGGUGGAGGAUAUGCCAUAGUUGUUGUGGUGGUGCUUUUUUAAAGUGAAGUUGUGUAGAGGAGAGAGAAAGUAAGGUGGGCUAGGUGGUGGUGGUGGUAGCGCUAUGGUGAUUCCGGAGGGGUUGUGGUGUAGGUGGGGUUGAGAAGAUGUAAUUAACCUUUGUAGCAGGUGAGAAGUAAUGUGGGUAUGAUGUGAGCAAAUCAAUGCUAAAGUUGAGAUUAUUAAAAAAUAAUUAAAGGUGAUAUUAUUUUCAGCGGUUAACUAAAAGGUUGGAUUAUUAAUAUCAAUUCUUCUUAGAUAUUUUGAUUUUUAUAUUGUAAUUUUUUGUUGAGUCAAACCAUAUUCGGUUAUGUUAUAUGGCUAAAUUUGGACAUUUCUAGUUAUAUGCGUAUUUGUUUUCUCUUUUAUUUUGUCAAAUGGAAAUUUAAGUUUUUCUAGUUACAAUCUUUUGAAUUUGUGAUGUGUUUUUCACCAAAAUAAUCCUAUUUGCCUGAAACAUUGCUAAAAAAACAUAUAUUUAAAGUUUUACCAAAAGUAACAUGAUAUUUUUAUGUGUACCCCUCCCUCUUAAUAGAUGUGAAAGAGGCUCUUUUAUUUUUAUUUUCACUCCUAUAAUUAGAAUAUAUGGUUUUCGAGUACAUGUUCAUUACUCCCAAUAAUCAAUAAUUACAUGACAUUGAAAUCAUUCAAAACUUGACUACUCUCCUUGGUUUCUUCUCAUUCCAAAGGAAAAGAACAACUAAGAUUGGAGGGAGUAUUAGUAUAGAAUAGAUUUCGUCGAGUAUUAAGUCAGAAAAGAUUGUCAUAUCAGGGUGUUGUUCGAAAGAGUCUGAUUAAAAAUAAAUAUUAUUUGGCAUAACAAUAGUGAUUACAAGAAUGACUUUUCUAGGUGUAUGUAGUGUUUGAUUUGCCUCAGAGCAAACAAGAUGCUUCUACAUUAAGGUCUUAUUGGGGCUGAAUUUUUACAUGUAGUCUCAAUUAUGGGGUGGAAUAAUUAGUACUUAUUAGAAUUACUAAAAUGUAUGCAGAGUCUCUAUUCGCGUAAGUGUAUUAACAUAUUUGGGAAUAAAUUCAUUGCUUUGCCUUUGCCCUUAAACGAAGCUUGUCUAAAUGCCCUGUUAGUCCAUUUUUAAACUUAUCUCUAGGCUAUAAUGCAAUUUUUGAUCUUUUUCAUGCUGUAGUAUGAGCAAUAUUCAGUUUGUUUUAGAGCAUCAAAGUAGAUGAUUUGAUGAAAUAGCCCAAUGUGACACUUGUAUCCAUGCAUCCAUACCUGUGAUCGUGUUUGUGUUUGACAGAGUGACAUUUACCUAUAGUUAAAUAACAUAGUCUUUGCUAAACCUUGUGAAAGAUGAGGAAGUGAUGAGGUGUUAGUUUUGCAUGUAAAAGUAUUAGGUAAAGGUCCGUGCUAUGCUUCUUUCCUACAUAUUUCCUCAUUUGCAGGAAACAUGACUUAAUGCAACUGGUUGAGCUCUCAAAAUGACAAGUAAGAAUGUGUUCUCACUCUGCUAGUAUCAUAAUACGCCUGAUUUUAUUUGAAGUAGAAACUGAUGUGCCAAGGAUGGAAGCCUCUGGAUUUCAUUCUGUACCCUUCUCCUAUGGUGAAAAUGCUAAUUCAAGCGAUCAAAAGAAUCCUGAUGUGGCUACGGACCUCUCUGCAUUUCAUCCAUCAUUUUCCGUGCCUGAAAGUUUAGUUCAGAACAUGCCUCCUACAGAAAAAGUGCAUCAGAUUAUUGCAAGAACUGCUUUGUUUGUCAGUGAACAUGGUGGCCAAUCUGAAAUUGUUUUAAGGGUGAAACAGGGAGAUAACCCAACAUUUGGGUUUUUGAUGCCACAUCAUCAUCUACACCCAUACUUCAGAUAUCUUGUUGAUCAUCCCGAGAUUUUAAAAGCUGACCAUGGUGGCAAGUCACAGGGGGAGAAGACUAGUGAAGAUAGGACCGGUGGUGCACUUUCCCUACUGGGUUCGGUUUAUGGGACAGAGGAAGACGAAGAUGCUUCUGCUGUAAAUGACAUUGAAACUAAGCAAGACUCUGAUAAAAUUUCUACAGAAGCUGUUAUUUCAAGGUCUCAAAAAUCAGGAAAAAUCGCUGGUCCUGGAAACAUGUCUGGAAAUGAUGAAAUGGUUUCUAAAGUUGCACACUUUUCCAAACCUAAACUCUGUACAUUGGGUAAGAACCAUGUGAGUAGCAUUAAGUCUGCGAGUACUAGUGCUUUCAAAAAAGACGCUAACAUAGUAGAUUCUUCUGGUUCUAUCAUGGACAAAUCCAUGUCUUCAAGUUUGUUUCCACUUUCCAAAGCUGAAACAUUGCUUGUAGACCCUCCAUCAGAAAUAAAAAGGCUAAUUGAUCGGAUUGUUGAGCUCAUUUUGAAAAAUGGUAAAGAUUUUGAGGCGGUGCUUCUUGAGCAGGACAAAAAGCAUGGGAAGUUUCUAUUCUUAUUGCCAUCCAACCAGUAUCAUGCAUACUAUCAAAUGGUUUUGAAGAAAGCUCAAGAGUCCAGAUUGAUUGGCAAAAGCUUUGGUACUGCUCCCAGAAACGAAAGCAGUGCCUUAUACUUAGGAUCUGGAAAUAAUGAUUUGUUUCUGGACAAUGACAAGAAAGAGAAGUUCAUAAUGAUAAUUGGGAAGUCAAAAAAGGACACACAGGAUCAACCAUCCAAAGAGACUCGUCAACAAUCUGGAAUCACUGUGGAUACUGCUGCUGCUGCAGCUAUACUUCAGGCUGCCACCAGAGGCAUAAAGAAACCAAAUUUGGAUAUUUUCUCCCAAACAUCUUUAAGUGGUGCAAGUCCUGGUUCCAGCAAUGACGGGGGACAGGCUUCAAGUCUUGGAAGUCUUCAAUCGUCGCAGCAUCAAAGUUUUUCUGAGAAGGAAAUGGAAAGUAGGAAGCCCUGCAUCACUAUUCCUGUUGCUAAAGAAAUUGCCAAAACUGCUGCUCGUGCAGCAGAUGGUGAGGCGGACUCUUCUGAAGCAGGUUUAACUAGGGAACAGAAGCUGAAGGCUGAAAGAUUGAGACGGGCGAAGAUGUUUGCGGCAAUGAUUAAGAGUGGUGCUGCACCAUUGGGUACUGAACCAAAGCAUGCUUCUUCCACAGAGCCAACCAAUUUUAGUUUACCUUGUUGGCCCACUGACGUUGCUGAAGUGAAAGAUCGGGAGGGAAGCUCUGCUCCAGCUGAGGCUGGGACUUUUACUAGAAAAGAUAUAUCAGUGAGGAAUUUUUCUGAUGAUGAGAAAGAAGUGAAAGCAAGAAAGAGGCGUCAUUAUAGGUCACGAAAUCAUGAUGGAAGCGGAGAAGAUGAUGAGUAUGAAAAGAUAGAGGAAGACAAAGAAGAUGAUCUGAGGCGUUCUAGGAAGAAAUCUUGCCAUUCCUCGCGGCGCCAUAGAGGACGCAAGAAUGUACAUAGAGAUAGAAGAAAGCAUUCAUCUUCCAGUACUAAAGAUUCUCGAAAUAGGCACAGAGAAGAGAGUUCAUCUUCUCUCGAAGAUGACAGACAUAACAGAUAUAGGCAUGAUAGCUCUUCUGCGGAUGAACACAAACACCUUAAGCGAAAGCACAAGCAUUGUAGUUCGUCUGAAGAUGAGCGCAAACACCAUAAGCGAAAGCAUAAGCAUUGUAGUUCGUCUGAAGAUGAGCACAAACACCGUAAACGGAAGCACAAGCAUUCCAAAAAAGAUAAGGACCUGCUUAAAGGGAGAUCGAGGAAGGGUGAAAGGUCCCAAAGGGAGGAAGUGGAGUUGGAAGAAGGUGAGAUCAGAACUAAAUCUACAGAUCACUCUUCCUCAGCCGUAGGUGAUGAUACAUGCACUGAAGCUUCUGUGGAGGCUUCAAAGUCAUCUUACCAAGAAAAUACUUCGUCUUUACUUCCCCUUGAAACCACGGAAGUUCCUGAUGAGCUUAGAGCUAAAAUCCGGGCGAUGUUACUUGCCUCGUUGUAACUCUUUUUGUUCGGCUUUCUGCUCCUUUAAGCUUCAUUCUAGAACAUGUUGAUUCCCAUUUGGAAUGAAGCCUGUUCUACUUCGGGCGUUGUCAGUUGACUGUUGAUUGUCUAUCACUAUAAUUUGGGUAUCACAUUCUCUGAAUCUUUGUAAUAUGUUAUUUUUGAUCGCUUCAAAGAUUAAUACUUCGUUCUUACUUAAGUUUAGUUAUAGAUUUAUUCAUAUGCUUUCUUCUUAAAUAAUACAUCCACCUUCGUUU